AUGGCCGACGCGGAGACCGCCGCCGCGCCGCCCCCGCCCGCAAACACGCACGUCCCCACGGUGCGCGUCAUCGCGCGGGACGACUUGGGCCGCGCCUACGGCACGGGCCGGCGCAAGACGUCGUCGGCGCGCGUCUGGGUGCUGCCCGGCGACGGCACGGUGACGAUCAACGGGAAGAACCUGCUGGACUACUUCGCGCGGCGGACCCACGUCGACGAGGUCGUCGCGCCCUUCGCGGUCACGCGGACCGCGUGCAACUUCGACGUCAAAGCGACGGUCAAGGGCGGCGGCCUCAGCGGCCAGGCGGGCGCCGUGCGCCACGGCAUCGCCCGGGCGCUCCAGAACUACGACCCGGCCUACCGCCCGGCGCUCAAGUCCGCGGGCUUCAUCACGCGCGACCCCCGCAUGGUCGAGCGCAAGAAGCCGGGCCGGAAGAAGGCGCGGAAGGCGUUCCAGUGGGUGAAGCGCUAG